CUCAGCCAGAGAGAGCGGCACGUUCGACGAAGAUUAACGGCGAUGUUCAAAGAGGUUCUGAAGAGCCGCCUGCGCAGACGUCGACUCAAGGCCUCGUACCGGAACAACAGACGAUGACUGAUGUUGGUGGACCUGCUAAUCCAGAGGCAAGCGUGAAUGGAUCGAAUGGACGGAAACCCAAUCCGCGGAACUUUGAUAAAGUAAUUUUCGGACGGUGGAAGAUAAAGACAUGGUAUCAUUCACCUUACCCUAUCUCCGCCAUGGAAGAUGAGAGUGUGUCGGUGUCAAUUGGACCAAGUAAGCAAGGCGGGACGUCAUCUAGCAAUGGGCGUAGCCAGCUCGCAAAGCGCAGUAAUACGCGAGGCCGUCCUCAAACACCGAACCCACAGAAUAGCCAUGCGACUGCUGAUGAGUCAGUAUUGUGGGUUUGCGAACGAUGUUUCAAGUACAUGCAAGACGGAAGUAUGCUUGAGCUUCACAUGAAAUUUUGUAACAGAAUGCAUCCUCCCGGGAAGAUUGUGUACAAGCGGGGUGGACAUAUGAUUUAUGAGAUUGAUGGAGCUAUGAAUAAGCUCUAUUGUCAAAAUUUAUCUCUUUUCGGGAAAUUCUUCAUUGAUAUAAAGACGCUGUUCUUUGACUGUGAUAACUUUAUGUUUUAUGUUUUGACUGAAGGAGAUAGACAUCAGGAUCAUGUCAUCGGCUUCUUUUCAAAGGAAAAGAUUUCUUACGACGACUACAAUCUCGCAUGUAUUAUUACAUUCCCUCCAUAUCAACGAAAACGAUAUGGAAUGCUCAUGAUUGAAUUCAGCUAUGCUCUGUCUCGUCUAGCAGGAAAGCUCGGUACACCAGAACGACCCCUCUCAGAAUUAGGCUUGAGGACCUACUUAACCUAUUGGACGGGAGCUUUGGUGCAGUUGUUCAGACGAAUACUCUCCGUGCAACCAUUAAGAGACAUUACGGGAGAGGAAGAGAGACCUGUUGACGAUGACCUUAUUCGUUUCGUUGAAGCUCGGAGGGUAGAUGGGCUAAAGAAGCGGAGGAAGACUGUGAAGAAUACUGUGGAAAAGGACGGUAGACUCAUACUCUGGGAAAGCGGACUCGAGAAUGAGUAUAAUACUGAAGACGUUAUUGCAGCAACGAACGGAGCGCAUGAUGCGCUGUAUUCUCAAAUGCGAUGGACUCGAUCUUCAGCUAAUCCAGACGGAAGUGUCACAACGCAUGUAUUCGCCAGGUGUACGCUGCAGGACAUCGCAAACGCGACAGGUAUUCGCACGGAGGACGUUGCAUUCACAUUACACGAAUGUGGUCUAUUACAAAAGAUCCAAGCUUUAGACAGUGAAGAGAUGGAGGAAGUAAUCGUCAUCUCACGCGAGAUGGUCGAGCAAGUCGCUGCAGAGUUCAAGGUGAAAAGUAAAAUGUGCAUGGAAAUGAAAUAUUUCGGAAAGCUUCAACAUGUCUUGUGCCACCGAUAAUAGUCGGCGCACGAUGGAUUCCCGUCGCAGCAGCCGUUCCUCGUUGCAAAGUCCGACGGUUAUCCAGUCGCCCACAUCAACUUCCUCCAACAGAAUUUCUUUUCCGGCUACUCCUGCGCUGCAGAUGGACGUGGAACACGUCCCGUUUUCU